CCCCUCCCGGCAUCCCUCACUCGAAUGCUCCGCGGUGACGCAGGGCAAUGGGGAAAAACUGUGACUGGAGGGGAAGAGCGCAGGGCACGGCAGUGAUAAGCAGGAAGGACUUUUGAUUGAUGCACGACCUUAGACGACACGCGUGUCAAUUACAAUCAUAUAUGUAACCGAGGGUGCUCAUCUGCGCGUCACUGUAAGAAAUCAACAUCGUUUUAGGGCGGAUCACUUGGAUACACUCCCAGUCUUUCCAUCAUGAACUACCUUCGUCGACGACUCUCGGACAGCAAUUUCAUGUCCAACCUACCCAACGGCUACAUGGGCGACCUGCAGCGCGCCGAGCCCCCGCCUCAGCAGCAGCCGAGCCCCGCAGUGUCCCCGGGCCCGUCGGAGAGGCGCCAGUCUGUCGGCCAGCAACAGCCUGCGGGCGGAGGCUCCGGCUUCUUCUCAUCCCUAUCCAAUGCUGUCAAGCAGACCACGGCCGCCGCCGCAGCCACCUUAUCGGAGGCGGCCGACCGGGCGGGGGUCUCUAGCAGCGCUAAGAUCCUCCUGGUGGUUGACGACCAGCAGACUGACUGGGUGAGAGUUUUCAGAGGAAGAAAGGUCCACAGUGGUGAAUAUGACAUCAAGGUUGAACAGGCCGAAUUUUCCGAAAUCAACCUGGUGGCUGACUCGUCAGGUACCUACACAGUCAGCAUUGACGCAAUUAGGAACGGCCACAAGGUUACUAAAUCCUUCAAACCAGACUUUGUACUGAUCAGACAGCAUGCCUUCAGUAUGGACAAAAAUGGAGACCACCGCAACUUAGUUAUUGGGCUACAGUAUGCAGGAUUGCCAAGUGUGAACUCUUUACACUCAGUCUACAAUUUCUGUGACAAACCAUGGGUGUUUGCGCAGAUGUCGAGGCUACACAAACUGCUGGGUCCAGAGGAAUUCCCACUAAUUGACCAGGUUUAUUAUCCAAACCACAAAGAAAUGAUAACGUCCUCCCAGUUCCCUGCUGUGAUAAAGAUGGGCCAUGCCCACUCGGGAAUGGGAAAGGUGAAAGUGGACAAUCAAUAUGACUUUCAAGAUAUUGCAAGUGUUGUUGCUCUGACAAAGACAUAUGCUACAUCUGAGCCAUUUAUUGAUGCCAAGUACGAUGUCCGCAUCCAGAAAAUUGGUGAAAAUUAUAAGGCCUACAUGAGAACAUCCAUUUCUGGCAAUUGGAAAACCAACACGGGCUCAUCAAUGCUUGAGCAAGUUGCCAUGUCAGACAAGUACAGAAUGUGGGUGGACACUUGUGCCAACAUCUUUGGAGGUUUGGACAUCUGUGCUGUGGAGGCUCUUCAUGGUAAAGAUGGAAUGGACUACAUAAUAGAGGUAGAUGACUGCUCAAUGCCACUGAUUGGUGAUCAGCAGGACGAGGAUCGCGCACAGAUCGCAGAACUGGUGGUUUUGAAAAUGAACCAAAUGAUUCUACCAGCUUCAAGCUCCUCCACAGGCCGCAUCACAGCAACACAGAAAGCAGUAUCACCUCAGCCUGUCUCCCAACCUAAAGUUCCACAGUCUCAACACAGACCCUCACCUCAGGGUGGUCCUCAACAAGGUGCUACUGCACAAGCCCAGCAACCUGCAGUGAGCCCGGGUUCAGUUGAUCCCAGUUCCCAGGCUAAGGCCAACCAAGGGCCUCCAAGUCAGCAAAGCCAGGGAGGCUCUCCCCAAACUCAGAAGCAACAGUCUGCCACACAACAACAACAAAGACCUCCUCCAGGGGGUGCUGGUCAGAAACCUCAGCAACAAAGACCCAGCCAGCCAACCAGACAGCAAUCACAAGGGGGGCAGCAGAGAACCGCUGGCCAGCAGGGGCGCACUGGUGCGACCACCACCCAGCAGCCACGACCAGCAGGCCAGGGCCAGGGGGGUCCUGGGGGACGCCCACCACUGCAACAAAAGCCCCAGCCCCCACAAAAACCCAGCCAGGACAACACAGCAGGGGGUGGUUCCCCACAACUGAACAAAUCCCAGUCUCUUACCAAUACCUUCAACAUUCCAGAAACCCCAGCGCCACGAGCCAGCCUUAGCCAGGAGGAGGUUAAGGCUGAAACCAUACGCAAUCUACGCAAAUCUUUUGCCAGUCUCUUCUCAGACUGAAGCGUCAUUGGGAUCAUUAUCAUCAUUACCCCCCACUCUCACUCGAAGAAAAAGGGCCUGGCAUAGAGAACGACUGAUUCCUUCUGCUCCCUUUUGGCAAGAUGUGCUCCCCAUUUCUAAAAAAAACCCCAACAUGCCAUUGAAAUGUACAUACUCCCUGAAGAGCGCCUAUUCACAAUUGAAAGAAAGAAAGAAUACACACACUUUUAUGUAGGCACUUAUGUAAGUCUGACACAUUCCUGACUAGUCACAAUCUUAAAUCAUUACACAUACAAUACACAAAAGCUUGUACAUGCAUGAGCACACACAAACAAGAAUGGCAGCAAAAUACUAUACUUCCACUUGUUUAUUGGCACUGCACCUCUUAAGCUCAAGCAAUUUUAUUUUGGUGUACUGACCAACAAAAUCAAUUUGUCUCAUAGCUGCACACAUCUGUAUGGUAUAGAAUGUGUUUGAUUGUUGGCCCGUGAUGUUUUAGCUGCAUGUCAACAGGGGACAAUGGUUGCGUUUUCCAAUAAUACAAAUUGGUGCUUGUAAAUGUAUUCUUAUGUAUUUCAGCGAGUUUAAAUAAGCCUGUCGAUCUUGCGUGUUGCCCCUGCUUUCCUCCAUUUUUUUUUUCUACUCGCACAAAAACCAAAAGCUAAAAAAAAAGUCCGAUCAAAUUGAGCUGUCUUAUUGAUGUCCACUUGAUUUUGGGAGUCUUCCAUUCUGUUUAAUAUGGUUGUUUACCAAUAAUGAGGGGAAAAGCAUGCAUUCAAAUGAGGUAGGAGUGUUUUUCUUAUUUACAAUGCAUUUGCACACAACUGAACACAAAAUUAUACUUGAAAUAUAGUCAAUAUUUUCAGGUUUUAUUCAACUACUGUACCAAUCGACAAAGCAACAAUACGGCUUUGGCUCGGAAAAAGAGAACGAUGCACUGGACCGCUGCACAGAAAGAUACAGUUAGCAAAAUAUUCACAUACUUGCCACACAGCUACUCAAUUUAAAGCAAUGUAAGGUAUGACUAAUAAAUAAAAAUGAUGCACCUGGUUGCCUGGGUGUGAGCAGAGGGCUUUCCCCCCAAAAGAUACUAAGCCAAGGACUGUCACGUAUGGCCCAUCUGCAAAAUAAAGACAUACUUGUAUGUGCAGACUUGUAGUCGAUAAAACACGUGUGAUGAUGUACUGUGGCUGUUUCUCCUCUGCACCGACAACCAUAUCUUUGGGCAGAAGUGCAUUUGUACAUCCUGACUGUAGGAAAAAAAUUAACUCUUCACUAAUCAUUUUCUAGGCACUAAAAUGUCUUCCAGAGGGAAUUAUUCCCACUUGAAUGUGCAUCUAUUAUGGCAAUAUCUUGCUUUCAAAAGAAGACCCAAAGUGAAAAUGAGUCCUGGUUGCCCAGUAGUUUCCUCAUGCUGUCCUUGUGUGUUGUAGCUACAGUGACCCCUUGUGCUCUGUGGUGCAUAAAUGUGUGAAUGUUCCGUAACUGUGUUGCACAGAAUUCUGACUGAUGCAGAUUGUCGCCUUUAUUAUUCUCCUGCUAUCUGUGCUUGUUAGUGUUUUGUGUCUUUCGGAACCUCAUUUUAAUAGAUAAUAAUUGAAUGAUUUUAUUGUGCAGUGGUGUCUGAAUGAUUUUAAAAGUAUUUGUUUUCUUUCAUGAGGCAAUAUGGUGCUUGUGAGUUAAUGCAUUAAUGCUUCAGAAAGUUGGAGUGAGUCUAGUGUGCAUGAGAAUUUUUGUAUUUUUAUUUAGUUAUUCUUUUUAGGACAAUCUGUCGUGUCACUUAAGGUGACAGGUAAUUGUAACUGUUUGUCACAUGUUGUUAUAUAUUGUUAGAUAUUGUUUUACUAUUUGAUGUGGUAAACUUUGCCACUGACCUCUGACACAGUAAUCCUUAUUUUUUGUUCUGAGCAGAUUUCGUUCAUGAUGGCCUUUUUGACUGUGAAUGUAAAGUCUUGGUUUGUUUAUGCAUUGUUAAUUCAUUGUGGAAAGAUAAAAUUCUUGUCGUGUUGAGUGGGAAAUUGAAAUGGUUGUUGAUCGCCUGUCACAUAUAAAAAAAUCAUAGAUGUAAAUGCAAAUAAAUCAACGCUGAAGUGCUGGCUUAAUGAAAAUGUAUAAUGUAAAUCAUGGUGGAUUAAAUAAGUAUAUGUAAAUUGAUGUUAUAUGCAAUGUUUGUAUUACAUGAUGUGCAAAUGAAUGUUAUUGAAGUAUGCACAUGCCCAAUAAAGUCAAUA